AAAGCACGAGUUCCAUCAGAACUCACACUUCGUCCCGGCUCCCAGGUGCCGGGAGCGGACCUGGGACACCGGGCGCGAGGAGGUCGGGAGCCAGGGCGCAGGAUGGCCUCGCAGAGGGCUGUGCGGCUGAGCCUGAAGAAGCCCACCCAUGCGGUGUGUGUGGUGGGAGUCGAGACCUUUGUGGAUGUUCGCAGCGAUGUGCCCAAGGGUGCCAAGACCUUCAGGGUCUCUGGGAGCUCCGGGGUACAUAUCUUCAUUGUCUACGACCCAACACGGGUGACAGUGCCCACAGACAAAGACCACUGGCCCCUGGACACCACUGUGGACCUGACUUUAUCCGUGGACACAGCCAGUAAGGCCUUAGAUGAUCUCAAGGUGAAGGUCUCCUACUUUGGGCAGAGCGAGGACCAUGCCCUGGGCUGCAGUGAGCUCUACCUCACUGGCGUCGACAUCUCCCUGGAUGUUGACACAGCCCGCAAGGGUAAGGCCAAGAGGAGCCAAGGCGACAAGAAAACCUGGCGCUGGGGCCCUGCGGGCUACGGGGCUAUUCUGCUGGUGAACUGUGACCGCGACGAUCUCAGGUCCAGGGGGCUCGACCUUGAAAACAGCCAGCUGACGUCACUGGAGGACCUGAAGGACAUGUCCCCCAUGGUGCUGACCUGCGACGGCCCUGACAAGCUCUUCGACAGCCACAAGCUGGUCCUGAACGUGCCGUUUUCUGAUUCCAAAAGAGUGGGCGUCUUCUGUGCUCGGGGUGGGAAUUCCCUCUCACACUACAAGCAGGUGCUGGGGCCCCAGCAUCUGUCCUACGAAGUCGAACGCCAGCCCGGGGAGCAGAAGAUCAACUUCUUUGUGGAGGGACUCACCUUCCCCAAUUCUGAUUUCUCGGGGCUGGUCUCUCUCAGCGUCAGCCUGGUGGACAUGGGGACCCCGCCCGAGGUGCCCAUCUUCACAGACACUGUGGCCUUCCGCAUGGCCCCCUGGAUCAUGACUCCCAACACCCAGCCUCCCCUGGAGCUAUAUGUGUGCAGUGUGAUAGACGCUCAUGGCUCAAAUGAGAAAUUUCUGAAGGACAUGUCUGACCUGGUGUCCAAAGCCAAAUGCAAGCUGAUCAUCUGCCCGUGGGUUGAAAAUCGGAAUGAUCGCUGGAUCCAGGACGAGAUGGAAUUUGGCUACGUGGAGGCACCCCACAAAUCCUUCCCCGUGGUCUUUGACUCCCCCCGAGACAGAGGCCUGAAGGAGUUCUCCUAUAAUAGGAUCCUGGGCCCCGACUUUGGAUACGUAACCCAGGAAAUCCCUUUUGCUGGCGCCUCCGGCCUCGACUCCUUCGGCAACCUGGACGUCAGCCCACCGGUGACCGUGGGCGGCAAGGAGUACCCCCUGGGCCGGAUCCUCAUCGGCAGCAGCUUCCCCAAGACAGGUGGGCGGCGGAUGGCCAAGGUGGUGCGUGACUUCCUGCAGGCCCAGCAGGUGCAGGCGCCCGUGGAGCUCUACUCUGACUGGCUCUCCGUGGGCCACGUGGAUGAAUUCCUGACCUUCGUGCCCACCUCCGACCAAAAGGGCUUCCGGCUGCUCCUGGCGAGCCCCAGCGCUUGCCUUAAACUGUUCCAAGAGAAGAAAGAGGAGGGCCACGGGAAGGCGGUCCAGUUUGACGGGUUAGAGGAGAAGGUGAAGAGAAGCAUUAAUGAAUUGCUGGCCGACAGAAGCCUCCGGAGCGACAGUCUCUAUGUACAGAAAUGCAUCGACUGGAACCGGCAGGUGCUGAAGCGGGAGCUGGGCCUGACGGAGCGGGACAUCGUGGACAUCCCCCAGCUCUUCUACCUGAGGGGCCCCCACGCAGAAGCCUUCUUCCCCGACAUGGUCAACAUGGUAGUCUUAGGCAAGUACCUGGGCAUCCCCAAGCCCUACGGGCCCAUCAUCAACGGCCGCUGCUGCCUGGAGGAGAAGGUGCGGUCCCUGCUGGAGCCCUUGGGCCUCCACUGCGUCUUCAUCGACGACUACCUGUCCUACCACAAGCUGCUCGGGGAGAUCCACUGCGGGACCAACGUGCGCCGGCAGCCCUUCUCCUUCAAGUGGUGGCACAUGGUGCCCUGAGCCUGCUCCCUCCCCGCCAUUCUCUCUGCCCACCUGUUGGGAAGCCCGCCAGAGCGAAAGCAAGGAACCUCUUCCUAGCCUCCAUAGGGGGAGGCCUGCUAGGCACAAUCCCUCAAGUGCCUGCAAACGUGCUGGCCACCGUGGGCACGGGGACACAGGGAUGGGCACCACACAUCCUCACCUCUGGAGGGGCCUGCCCCGCCCGAGAAGGACCACCCUCAGCCUCCCCUCUCCCCUCUCCAUCACAGCUCCCGGGGGCCCUGGAGAAGACCAACAGCUCUGGCGUGUUCAAGGGCGGCGAUGCGUGGCCGUGGCGGGCACCCCCUUGGAAUCGCUCCCCGUCUGUCCUGACGGGCCCUUUGUGCUUGCCAGCUGUCAUCCUCUCUUCCAACUACCAGGAAUGGGGCUCAGGGAGCCUGGGCUCCGACGUGAGGGCCUUGGGUCCGGGCCACCUGUGGCU